CUCCGUGGGUCCCCUGGCACCGGGAAAACGGCGGUAUCUAUGAGCAUCGCAUCGAUACUUGAGAAGGAAGGUACUCUUGCAGCCUCUUUCUUUUGGGACAAAAAUCAAAAGGGGACGGGCCUCGAUUCUUUGGAGAAGUUUCCUUCUACACUGGCACGUCAACUUGCGAUCUUUAAUGGGGACUUCAAGGUCUCGCUCGUCAAACGCCUUCGACAGCCGAAUUCAGAGUUGGUUCAGCGUCUUCCUCCGGAGGAGCAAAUGAGGACUUUGGUUCUCAAGCCGAUGGAUGGUCUCAAGGGCAUAUUGUCUGCAAGCGAGAAACGUUUUACCAUCAUCUUGGAUGGUUUAGAUGAAUGUGGGGAUUCAGUGACACUUGGGACUCUGAUGAUCCUUGUGCUUGCGCUUGACGAGUUGCCAUCAGCAUUUUCCAUACUGGUCAGUUCUCGACCUGAAUCUCAAGUUGUUUCAGCU